AUGGCAACCAGGCAGUGGUUCUUGGGGCCGCUCCCCGCGGGCCCUGGGGAAACGCCGCUCCCGGCCGACUUGGAACCUGGGGUACAGCCCUGCGAAAACCCUUCAUGGUCGCCUCCCACUGGCCGACCUGGGGACUCACCCCAGGCGGAGCCCGGGGAUAUCCAGGGGCAGCUGCCUGAGGCCUCCACCUCUACGCCUUUCCCUGAGCCUCUGGCCCCAGGCCCCGGGCCCGCCCCUCCUCGCCUACCCUUGGACACCAUGUUCAGCCCCAUCAGCGAACAGCUCCGUUACCUGCUCAAGAAGGCAGAUGAUUUCCAGAGCUACUUGCUCUACAGGGACCGAGUGCAGAAGGAACAGCUGGCGAAGGCCAUGCCCACCUUCUUGCAGAUGUGUGAGCCCUACUUCCUGUACCUGGAGGCAGCUGCACGGAGUGUGCCCCCCAUCUAUGGAGCCCUGCAGGAGCUGAUCCGAAAGGGGCUGUUGGAGAUCUCCCAACAGCUGACUCUGCGCCUGGAACAGCUGGUCCUUAUGUAUGCAUCAUUUGGGUUUGUGAACCUGGAGGAGACUGACCCCCUAAGCAUUUCCUGUUUCUUCUGCGGGAGGUUCUCCAUCAGUCCUUCCCACGAGGUGUCCAUCUUUAGAUACUGUGCCCCUGCCGCCUACACUGCCAGCCGCUUCCCCCGAUACCUCUAUAAGAAGAUGCGCUGGAACCUGGAAACCACCCCAGAGUCCAGCAGCCAGGGGCAAGAUUCCCGUGUGGAAUACUACUUCCUGUGCUAUAGAGAUACAUGGGAAGACACAGGCAAGAGUCCAACCAACUCAUGCCCUCAGAUUCAGAAGCUGUGGUCCAUCGGCCGAUGGGUGCCCCUAGGACCAGCUGAGGAUGACCUUUAUUCAUGGAUUUUGUCCCCGCAGCCUCCUGGGGACUACGAGCAGCUGCUGACCAUCGGCUUCGAGGAGCCGUCGCACAUGCUGGCCACCGACCUGCUGGUGCAGAUCCUCACGGGCCAGGCAGGCACGGCCCGGCCCCCGAGCGCCGCCGGGCCCGCGGCGUGGGCCGCGCAGGAGUCUUGA